AUGCCAGACCACCAGUUACGACGGCUUAGGCGAGAAGCGGGACGAGCACUGCCAGGAGGGCGUGGAGCCAAAAGCCUUACGCUGCAGCUGGCGCUUGCGAACGAGGAGCCCACCUACGAGGCUACGGAGGCACCCAUUGUCCGCUGGGCGCGGGCAGUAUGGGAGACAUCAUCAAGGGCUGGACGGUCAGAAGCGGACCCCGAGCUAGACUUGGGUCCCACAGCGCCACGUGCUGGACGAGCAGGAGUAAAUCCAGAGCGCGGCGCAGGUUCCACGUCGCCACGUGCGGGACGGUCAGGGACAAGCCUCGAGCAUGCCUUGGACGACACGGUGGAUCUGCUGACGAAGGUGUGGAGGCGCCAGCAGCAAGAGGUGGGUAUGAAGCCCAUGUGGGCCAAGGUGCGUGGGCCUGCGGGAGCGGUGAUCAUGUCGCUCAAGCGGGCGCACUGGACUUGGCCAACUUGGCAUACGGUCAUCACCAAGGACGGUGACGAGCUGGACAUGAGGAAGCUGUGCCCCAUGGACGUGGUGGCGAUGCUGAGGAAGGACGUGCAGCGGAAACCCUGGCAGGACUGGACGGCCGCGGACGAGUAUGCGAGUCUACGGCCAGCACCGAUGGUGGCCCCUGCGGUCGCCCAGCUGAAGGCGCGGGACUUUCCGAAGCACGCCAAGAACGCGGCGAGGAAGGCUUUCAUCGCCGGGUGCUGGACCAUGAGCAAGCCAAGUGCGUGCAACAUCGUGCCGACGGACAUCUGCUUCGCGUGCGUCGAGGCGGUGGGCACUCCGCAUCACAGGUAUUUCGAGUGCCAGGCCUUGAGGGUGCAGAGGCUAAAAGCGCAACCUGAGUGGCAGACGAUAGCUGAGCAGCAGGAGGACAGCUUGCUCUGGACGCGGGGGCUGGUGAGGCACCCAGAGGCGGACUGGAAGUUUGAGGGUGUCGAUGAAGGCCAGGUCAUGUGCCAUGCCGUGGAGGGCGACGAGGACUACUUCACAGGUGGCAUCAUGUGCGACGGGUCCAAGCUCGGUUACAGCGAGUGGGCGCAGACGGGCUGGGCCGCCAUGUCGAUCAACGAGAACGGGGAACCGAAGUACCAGAUGUGGGGGCCACUGCCGUGCACGCUCCCAGUGCACAGGACGAUCAAGCGCUCGGAGAUGUGGGCCUUCUACAUGGUGCUGGAGCAGAAGCUCGGCGAAGGCAACAUCUACACGGACCACCAGGGCAUCAUCGAGGGCUUGCAUAAGGGCGAGCGCUGCUGCAUUGGUUGGAAGCGGCCACACGCGGACAUCUGGAAGCGCAUCUGGCACGAGAUACGGGAUCUCGACUUGGACGUGGACGGGGUGAUCCAUGUCAAGGCGCGCAGGUCCAUGUCGAAGAUCGAGCAGCUCACAGGCGCGGAGCUCAAGAUCGCGAAGGGCAACGCGGAGGUUUACCUACUAGCCAAGGUGGGGGCCGAGAUGGACGCGAACUAUGGGAAGCACCAGGCGGUGGAGGCGCUCGCUGGCCGUGUACGCUGGGCGGUGCAGAAUACUGGCUGGUGGCCAGACGUGCCAAAGCGUGAACGUGGGCGACCACUACGCCGUCGGCCGAAGCCACAGAUCGCCCUGACGCGGCACGAGGUGAAGGAGUUCGGUGGCUGGAUGUGGCGCGUGCGUUGCGGCAGGCGCGCGGCUACACAGCGAAUGAAGAGGAAGCUCUGUGAGGCGGACUGCCAGCCGGCGCCGUGGACCACCGCGGGCGCGCGCAUGUCUGGCAUGGUUGGCCUGGGGCCCGCUUUCACGGUGCCGCUAGCCAGGAAGGGCCUCAGUGCGAAGGACGACGCCAAGCGGAAGAAAAGGAACCGGAUCCUGGCGCACAAGAACCCGCAGACGGGGAAGCCGCUGGACCACGAGCUCCAGCUACCAGACGAGUCGGAGGACGAGGGCUCCAGAAGCAGCAGCUCUGCUGCAGCCCCGUCCAGAGAGAAGCGCCCGCCGGCGAAGCAGCAGCAGAAGCCGCCGGCACCGCGGCAGCCGAAGGAGCAGGCGAAGCAGCCGCAGAGGCAGAAGCAGCAGCCGGCGGCGGAUCACAAGAAGCAGCCUGCCGCGCCGGGGAGGCCGCAGCAGCGGCCCCCGCAGAAGGAGGCGCGGCCAGCGGCGGCGCAGCAGAAGCAGGCACCGCCGCAGCAGAAGCCCGCGGCGCAGAAGCGGCCGCCGCCGCAGCAGCAAGCGGAGGGGGACAGCAGCAGCAGCGAGUACACCUACUCGGACGGCGAGGGCGAGGAGGAGGAGGAGAGGAGCAGGACUUUGAAGAGGACCACGACCAGCCGCCAACAUCCAAGGCUGCCGCAGCGGCGGGCCGGAAGGGCGGCGAGCCGCCCCCGGGGCCCGCGAAGGCCGCCAAGCCGGCGAAGCCGGAGACGGCGCGGGCGCAGGCGGGGGCGGCCGUGCUCGUCGCCACGAGGGCGAAGCAGAAGGCCAAGGAGGGCGGAUGCCAAAGCCGACGAGGAGCGCGAGCCUGCGGCGGAGAAGGACCAGAGGUCAGCCAAGCAGCCAGCCUCUGCGCGGGCUGCCGAAGACACAACUCGCAGCAAGCAGGCCGAGGUUGGAAAGGAGCCCAGGAAGCGCGACGGGGCCGCGGCCGCCGAGGUUGCGAGGCCGAAGGCCUCCGUGAGGUCCCGCGAGGAGGCCCCGAAGCAGGCCGAGGCCAAGCCGAAGCGGGGCGAGGAGGCGCCGGCGGGCAGCGGCCGCCGGAGGGCCUCGGAGCCCCGGGCCGGCGCCAGGACCCGACUUCUCCCGGAGCCGAGGGCGCGGCGGAGCGGCGGCUUCGCACCCAGGUGGAAAAGUUCUCGGUGGACAAGGCCGCGCCGAAGAGGGACCCCUUCGCGGACUCGCCGCCUCGCAGGGCAGCUCGCGCGGAGGCCGAGACCCCUGACAGAAGGGAGAAGGAACCCGCGAAGGAUCGAAAGACAAGAAGUCCGAGGCCGCCCACAAAGACUCGAGGCGAAGCAACGUCGAGAAGGACAAGGCCAACCGAAAGGCUUCCGAGAAGGCGCACCGGAAGCGCGACAGGAGCAGGAGCAGGAGCAGGAGCAGGCAGAGGAGGCCGAGCGCCAGAAGGAAGCUGGCUGGCCGAUCGAGCGCGACUGCCCCGCGAUGCCUACGCUCUUCGAGGUGCAGCCACGCAUGGAGGAGAUUCCGCAGGCAGCGGCGGGCGGCCGGCCCGGCGACCUGGACGCGCCGGUGCCGGAGGAUGCCGUCGAUUUUGCGGAGGACGCCGCCGCCGUGGUCGCCGGGCAAUUGGCUGUGGCCCCGGACUUGCUCACCAAGACGCUCAUGCUCUUUGGGCACAAUCGAAUACUCGACCUCGGCAAGUUGGUUGGCUGGCCCGUGGGAGCUGCCGAGGUGGUGGAGCUGAGGGCGGCGCUCGGGCGCGCCUGCGGCGCGCCUGCCGGCGGGGCGCCGCGGGCCGACGCCGAGGGUGGGGAGGUUGCCGUGCGCAGGGCGUGCACCCUGGGCGCGUUCGAGCGCGAGCUCGCGGCCUCCUUCGCGGGCGGCGCUGUAGGGGACUGGUUGCGGUCCGUCGGCUCCGGGCCGCUGGGCGCGCUGGCCAGCGCGCAGUCUUGGAACCCUGGGGCCCCGCCACCGCCGCCCGGCGGGUGCCGCGCGCGCGCCGCCGCGGGCGGUUCCGCUUGCUCCGUGCGUGCCUGGUACCUGGGCACCCACGAGGCGCUCUUCCGGGAGGUGAGCCACAUGUGGUCCCGCCUGCACGGCUUCGACGUCGAGUUCGUUCGCGUGAACCACCAGGGCAUCUACCGGGGAGACAACCCUGGCGCCGAGGAGAAGCCCGUCGCCCCGCGCGGCGCCGCCGCGUGGCCGGCGGAAGAGAAGUUGCGCUUCCGGCUCGCUUCGGAGGAGGCCCUGGACGUGCAGCCCGCGGCCAGGCGGCUGCGGUACCUCCUCCGCAGAGCCACCAGCCCGACCGACGCGGCGGUUCUCCUCUGCACCAUCCCCGCCGUGGUCUGCGCCGCCUUCGAGGGCCUGGCGCUGCCCAUCGUCAUGUACGCAGCGAACCCGGCCACCGCGCAGGUGCCCUUCACGGCGGAGAAGGCGUGGCUGUCCCUCUUGGCGAAGUUCGCGGCCGACCAGAAGAACCAGCUGCUGGUGUCGAACCCCUGGGCGCAGGCCCAGUUCGAGUACCAGGCGGGCGUCGCCCUCCCGGUCAUCCGGGUGCACGGCCUGUACACGGGCGCCCGCCGCAAGAGCGGCGAAGGCCCGCCCCGCGGGCGCGCUCUGCAGGUCCUCGUCUACGACCGCGUCAGUCCGCUGCUGGCCGGCGCGCUCGAGGUCCUCAGGGCCUCGCAGGCGGCCGAAGCGGAGCACAGCGGCGGGGGCGCGGUGCCGUCGGGCUUCGUGCACCAGGCCGACACGGACAGAGAGUACGCGACCUUCGCCAGCUUCGGGGCAGUGGUGUUCAACCCUGGAGACGUCGAGCAGAUGGCGUUCUACGAGUUCUAUUCCAUGGAGAUGCCGCUGUUUAUGCAGCAGGACCCCGGCCGCUUCCUGUGGCCCUACAUCCCGUUCGCGCGACGUGCGCCGGCGCCGUGCGGGGCCUACCGGGAUUGGGCUGGCACGUGGGAGCUGCGAUUCCCCGAGGGGCACACGGAGCGCAUGACGAUCAGCUGCUCGGGGCGCGUGGACGUCGGGGGCACCCGCCGGGGUCGCCUGCAGCCGCUGGGCGUCAUGGACGACCUGCUCUUCACGCACGUGGUGCAGGCGGAGGACGGGCGCUCCCUGCAGCCGCGCCUGCGCCUGCUGCGCGACUAUGCCCCGCCUGCCGGCCGCCCGCCGCGG